AAGACGCGCUCCACAGACGCGCUCCACCCGCACAUCUCAUGGGCUGCUGCAAGAAAAUACUCUGCUGUCUGCCUCGCACGUGCAAGAGAAUACUCUGCUGCAGGCCGAAUCUCACGUCGGCCGCCUCGGUCGCCAUCUUCUGGAACAUCACCGUGCUCGCCGCCGGGGUGGUCAACGUCAUCUUUGACCAAACCAAAGAUGCAUUCGGCGACGAGGAGGCCUGGCAAGCAGGCAUCAUCAGCCAGAUCUGCAUCGCGAGCGUCGGCCUGCUCGGCAGCCUUGUGGCCCGCUGCUGCGUGAGCCAACACGUCGGCUUCGCCACGCCGCGCGAGCGGCUGCUCUUGGCCGUCCUAUGCACGAGUGCGACGUUUGCCGGAUACGGUACUCCGCGCGUGCUGGUAGUCUUCGUAGACAGCCUCGGCGCCUGGUGCGGCCUCUCCAUCGCUUGGACCGUCGACGCCGUCGACAGCAUCGAGUGGUACUGGUCGCUGCUCAUCUGCUUCGCCGCCUUCUGCAUGGCCGUCGCCUGCGUCCUCCACAUCCUCCUCACCUACCUCCUCCUCAAGAGCCUGUAA